AUGCGAAUUCUCAGUGAAAACUCUUUGACCGAAUUACGUAAGGAUUCGUUUGAAGGCCUGCUAUCCCUCCAGUAUUUAGAUUUAUCCUGCAAUAAAAUACAGUCUAUUGAAAGACGUACAUUUGAACCACUACCUUUUCUACGGUUUAUAAACCUUGGCUGCAACUUAAUCACAGAACUUGGCUUUGGAACGUUUCAGGCCUGGCAUGGAAUGCAGUUUUUACACACGUUAGUUCUCAAUCGUAAUCCUCUGACAACCGUCGAAGAUUCUUAUCUUUUUAAAUUGCCAGCAUUAAAAUAUUUAGACAUGGGAACAACACAAGUGUCACUUACAACAGUUGAAAACAUCCUCAUAAUGACACUCCAGCUGGAAAAACUGAUCUUACCUAGUCAUAUGGCAUGCUGCCUGUGCCAGUUUAAAAGUACCAUUGAAGUUGUCUGCAAGACACUCAAGCUGCAUUGUGACAGUGAAUGUCUGAUAAACACCACACGUUGCAGUGAAGAAGCAUCUCUGGGGGCUGCAGAAGGAACGUUCAUGAAGGCAUUACAAGCCCGGAAGAAGAACACCAGCACUGAGCUCACUAUUGAGCCAGAAGAAGCAUCCUCAGACAAAAACGUCAAUUUGUCAACUGUCCUGAAUGAGCCUCUGGACUUUCAUGAUGAAAGUGAUGUUAUUAGUGCCCUAAAUUACGUAUUGCAUUAUUUCUCAGAGGGAAAUCUAGAAGACAUAGAAUUGACAUUAUUACCCUUCAUUAAACUGCUUUUUUCCAAUGUACAAGAUAGAGAAAAGGUCCUGAAAAUUGGAAACUGCUCAACCCCAGGAAAACCACCUGGCAAAGACCCAGAGAACAGGUGUCGGGAAAGGCUGCAAAGGGCAAACGGAGUCCUCAAGAGGCCAAGGGGCAUAAAGAAAAGGCACUUCAAAGAAAUGGAAGAUCCGAGCAUUAGGAGGAAACAAGGAGCCAAACCAUUUAUGGAGAACAUGCCCAAAGCAAGAGGGCCUCUGAGGCCUCUCUCAAAGAAGGUGGACCGACUUCUCAAGGUGCGGAGGGAAAGAAAGUUAGGGGGAGUCUCCUUGGACACAGAGCCAUUAUCCAUCAAGGAACAUAAGGCAGCAGUCUCUUCUUUCCUGAAACAAUACUCCAUGGGCAGGCCUUCUACCUCUCCUCCUUCAAAAGCCCCACCUGAGGCUAGAAUUCUGUCAAAAGACUUGUCCUACACCAUUUUUGUUUUAGAAGAUGCAAGUGCGAGAGUCAAAAAUAUGGAGGCUCCUAAAUCAGUAUCACAUUCCAGAAAAAAUUACAUCUAUCAUAAAUCUCGCUCUGGUGUGGUUCACAGAAGACCAAAGGCCAAAACGAGUCGAAGGUUCAGAAAGGUCCAUAGACUGAUGCUUAAAAAUAGACCUCCUUCCUCUGCAGUGAGGAGCCUGAUAAAUUCCCCUCCACGAGAAGCGUUUUCAUCUUCAGGAGAACUGAGUUCUCCAGAAAACCCUUUUCAAGAAUUGUUUCUUUUUCCAGAGCUGUCUGCAAAAACCACUACUGUACACAAUGCUACUAUGCUAGAUGAGACUACCCCUGAAAUCAUUGCCCAUAAGGAUCCUUCCACUGCAGAUUCCACUGUGACUGCAGACAACGUAAUGGCACCUGUUAAACAAACAAUUGAAACACAAUGGGAAUACCACAACAUGGGCCCUGACUUACCCUCCAAGCCCCAUGGCUCCUCUCUCCCAUUGCUCUCAUCCCCGGGGGAUCAAUUUGAAACUCAGCUAAACCAGCAGCUAAGGUCCCUCAUCCCCAACAAUGAUGUGAGAAGGCUCAUUGCUCAUGUUAUGCGGACACUGAAACUGGACUGCUCAGAGCCCCAGGUACAAAUGGCCUGUGCCAAGCUCAUCUCCAGAACAGGCCUCCUAAUGAAGCUUCUCAGUGAGCAGCAAGAAUUUAAGGUGUCCAAGGCUGACUGGGAUACAGACCAAUGGAAAACUGACAACUAUAUCAACGAGAGCACAGAAGUCCAGAGUGAGCAAAAAGAGCAAGAGUCAAGUGAGCUCACAAAAGAAGUUCCAGGAUAUGGCUAUAACCACAAACUCAUCUUGGCAAUAUCCCUAACUGUGGUAGUGAUGAUUUUGAUUAUACUUUUCUGCCUCAUUGAGAUCUAUGCUCAUCGAGCAACGUCAGAGGAAGACAAAGAAGGAUCCUCACGGGGCUUUUUCCGAAGUCUGCUGCACAGGAGAUGCACAUCAGAAAGUGAAAGUCAGGGCGGCUUUUUCUGGAGAAGGAAACCAUUUUGGCUCAGGGAUAUGUAUAGACCUCUCAAUGCCUCCCAGGAGAGAAACAGGGCACAGGAGCUACACGACAAGGAUUCUUCUGAUGAGAAUGAGAUUUUCAACAAAGAUGCCAGGUGAAUGAUUGGGGACAAUUUAAACUUCUUAUGUAAACUGAGGAGAUAUCAAAAGGGCAGAAAUGCAGAAGAGAAUUUCAAAUUCUCAUGAACUCCAUACUUUCUGGAGUCAUGGAGCCUAGAUGAACCCCAGAACUAUUACCCUGAGAUAAUCUUUAAACCUUCAACCAAAUAUAUCACCUAAAGCCUUCUUAAAACCAAGCAGUACUUUAGCUUAACAAGUAAAGAAUGUCUGCCUUGAGCGUUGUGCUCUUUUAAGAUCUACCUAUAUGGGAUCAAACUGACAACAACAACAGCGGCAGCCCCCGAAGGCUUAGGGGGCAAUGAGUUUAUA